AUGUCCGCUCAAGCCAAGAUUUUGUCUCAAGCUCCAACUGAAUUGGAACUACAAUUCGCUCAAGCCUUCAUUGACUUGGAGAACUCUUCCCCAGAACUAAAGGCUGAAUUGAGACCAUUGCAAUUCAGAUCCGUCAGAGAAAUCGACGUUGCUGCUGGUAAGAAGGCCUUGGCUGUCUUUGUCCCAGUCCCAUCUUUGACUGGUUACCACAAGGUUCAAACCAAGUUGACCCGUGAAUUGGAAAAGAAGUUCCCAGACCGUCACGUCAUCUUCUUGGCUGAAAGAAGAAUCUUGCCAAAGCCAUCCAGAAAGUCUAGACAAACUCAAAAGAGACCAAGAUCCAGAACCUUGUCUGCUGUUCACGACAAGAUCUUGGAAGACUUGGUUUUCCCAACUGAAAUCGUUGGUAAGAGAGUCAGAUACUUGGUUGGUGGUAACAAGAUCCAAAAGGUCUUGUUGGACUCUAAGGACAUUCAACAAAUCGACUACAAAUUGGAAUCUUUCCAAGCUGUCUACAACAAGUUGACUGGUAAGCAAAUCGUUUUCGAAAUCCCAGAAACUCAUUAA